AUUGACUUUGCAAAUAUUCUCGCAAUAAAACUCCCGAGGGCAUUACACCCAGAUACAUCAUCCCAUUCUGACAGCGUCGACUCAUUCGAAAUGGCCACUUCAAAGCACCCACUCCUUCUCGCUGCGGCCGUAGCUCAUGGCGUACUUUCUCUCGGCCACACAACAAAAGGCCUUGAACAGUUCAAACACGCUUCGAUGAGUGCUCUUCCCACCGCCUUGCGUGGUGCUGUGAAGGCGGGCUGGUAUGAAGGGAGUGGAUUCUUCCUUAUGAUGGCUAUACUAAAUUAUAAGUGGGCGCAGACAGGACUGCUCGAUGUCUACGACAAGAGCAUCGCUGGGCUGCUGGUGGCUAUCUUGGUUGGUGCAGCAGGGAGCUACUUCCAGAGUGGCGAUAAGCCAACUGCGACUACGCUGGCUGUUCUUGCUGUCUUGCAAGGACUGGGUGCGAAGGGUGUGGCCUUGUGAAUAACUGCGAUCUGGAUGUGGAGCAAGUCACUUUACGAGCGUGAUCGAAUCCUGAGUCUAUAUACAUUAUGGAUCACCAUGUUCU